AUGGAGGGGGUCACCUUGUACAACCAUGUGUUUCUUGUGCUCCCAGCAUCAGUGGCCCAGUGGACAUGGAGGCCCCCUGUUGAUCUGUCAGAACAGGCUCCCUCCCUGCUGGAGCUAAUUGCUGGGUUGAUAAGCAACCUCCUCCACUUCCAAUACUUUAUCUGACAACUGCUCCAUCACAGGAUCCACUGGCUGUAUGCAACUUUCCAUGCUAUCCAUCAUGAAUACUCAUCUCCCUUUGCUUUAGCCACUCAGUGCCUGGGUGGCUGGGAGCUGGUCACAGUGGGCUUUUGGACCACUCUCCUGAGAAACCGCAUGCUCACUACAUGGGUCUUCAUGGUUGUGCAUGUCUACGUUUCGAUUGAGGAUCACUGUGGCUAUGAUUUCCCUUGGUCCACAUCCCACCUUAUCCCGCCUUAUACCAUUUACGGCAUUUAUGGAGUACCCAGCUAACAUGGUCACUUUAGUCACUGGGAUAGGAUAUUUGGUACGCAUGCUGAUUUCAGCUUCUCUACUGCUAUAAAGUAA